UGCACAUCACACUGGCUCUGCAUGCCGCCUGCUUUCUGCUGCCUUUACUUGGCACCUCUCUCAGUGCCUUGAUCUGGAUUCGUUUGGUCGGGGGGUUACUUUAGAAAGCCUGCCCUGUCAUUCAUGUGUGUUUAAGCGAAUAACUGAGAGAAAAUCAGCCAAAGGAUGUGGUUGAACUGAACAUGCAAAGCAACAUAUUUUGUCCAUGACUUCAGAGCGAGAGGAAGUGCACAUACAACAGCACCAGAUAAGAGCUGACGCUUGUCACCCUCCUUGGGGACUCAGAUUUCCACUGUCAUUGCUGUUUGCUGAGCUACCUCGGAUACUGCAACCUUCGCAAACCGGGAAACUUUGCCUCCUGCUAUGAAAGUGUGUGACGGCUGCUGCUGAGCUUGCAGACUGAGAUAGAGAUACAGAUAUCUCCUGGGAGCAAACAGACAGCUUCAGUGCUUUUUACAAUGGGCUGUGGGCUGAAUAAGCUGGAGAAGCUGGAUGAAAAAAGACCAGGCAACAUUUAUUCUACCUUGAAGAGACCAUAUGUGGAAACCAAGAUCGAUGUGUCAUAUGAGUAUCGUUACAUUGAUUUUACAACAAUCAGACAAGAUGAUGUACCAGGUUUAUCUGCUGUUUGCCUCUCUUCUCUGCACGACCUUCCAGCUCAGCUCCAUGAUCUGUACCAACAGGGCUUCACUGUCGCAGCCAUACACCCUUUUGUUCAGCCUACUGGGAAGGAACAAAUCCCUCUGGAACACAUCUACAGAGCAGUGCUCAUCAAGAAAACAGAAAGAAACUCAUCGACUGACCUUUGCAUUGAAGAGUUCAGCUUGGAAAUGGAGCUGUGUGUGUCGUCUGACCAACCCACAGACCACAAAUUGGUACCCGACCUAGUGAAAAGAAUUGAAGAUGCUGCCAGUCAAGGAUCCAAGUUUGCUGGAAUAAUACAGGGGUACUAUGCAUCUCCACCGAGUCUGUUGCCCAGUCCUUCUGAUAGUCUGAGUAAUAGCAGCUCUCCAGGGUAUACGUCCAGCAGAAACACGUGUGGGGGUCUUGUGAGUAAUACCUCAGCUGAUAAAGAAAAAUCAGAUUACACUAAUGGAAGCACUUCACCAGCACUAAGCAGAGAGGAUGCUGAUCUCAAUAAGGUACUAUCAAGUCAAGGAGACGAUAAUGAUCAACAAAACUUACAGACUUCAUCAACACAUGGAACAGAGCAAACUGCAGAUCUUAACUUAGGUCACUCACACGAGGAUGUCUUUGUACAAGAGAAGAUCACUGUAGACUCAACGCUGCCUGAUGUUAGGAGAAAUGAGAUUUUGGCGAUAUUCAACAAGCCAAAGAUUCAGCAAAGAUACAAAAAGUAUUACACUGUCAAUAUCCCAAUGAAAAUCUCCAGGGAUGGAAAUGCUGUCACUGGUUUGGAAGCGAAUUGGCUAGAGCACAUGACGGACCAUUUUAGAAAAGGAUGCACCCUGGUGAAUGCAGUCUUUUGUCUUGGAAUGGUAAAUGAUAACUCUUCAGAAUUUACAGAUGGAGUAUUUAUUUUUGAAGACUACCCAGAGCAAGAGCCAAAAAUUGUAAAGCGAUAUGAUGCUAUUGUUGUUGAACAAUGGACAGUUCUGGAAGGUUUACAAGUGCAAACAGACUAUUCGCCACUUCUGGACUCACUCGCCGUUUACGGCUGGCAGCUGACAUGUGUCCUUUCAACACCCAUUGUAAAAACAAACCGGGAUGGAAAUGUCACUACCAAGCAGAUUGUAUUCCUGCAGAGACCUGCCCUGCCCCAUAAGAUGCGGAGAAAAGAGUCAAAGUUUGGGUGGAGAUUUUCCAAAGAUGAAAAACAUGGCAGGCACUCCAAAAAAGGAAAGGUGAAGUUAAAUUCCAAAGGAAACCAUAACACUGAUGAAAAGAAAGAAUUAGACAGAAACAGGAAAAAUGAAGAGUUAACAAAAGUUGAUGAAAUGGCUGAUGGUAGCUUGCAUGUAAACCACUAUGUGGAUGGGAUUAUACACAGCAAUAAUGAAGUUCAUAAUCAGGAAAUAACUUUAUCUACAAACGAGGAGAAUGCCGGAUCUAAGGAGUCACUCACUCCAGAAAACUAUAAUGCCUCUCCAGAGGUGGGCGGAGCAACGGACGCCAUGAUGGAAAUGGAUUUAGGAUGUGGUGAAGAGAGCGAAGUUCAAGAGGAAGCCGUUAUUGCUGUAGGAAAGGAAGUGGAUAAUAACACAGCUGUCAAUGACAUGGAUGUGAAUCCAAACGAGCAAGAAGAAAAAUAAAGUGAAUCCUUUUAUAAGACUUGUUAAGCACUUUUUCACUGAUGUUAUAGAACAUUUGUAAUGCACCAUUUUAGUAACAUACUGUAGGAAGUAUGCAGGUUAAACAGAUACAAUGGUGCGCCACUGUCUUUGCUUCAUAUUUCUAAAAUAAAUAUAUAUAAAUGCUUAAAUUAUCUGCACUAGUUAAACUCAAAUAGUUUUGUAUGCCGCAUUGCAUAGAGUGCACUUCAUAUUAUUUUGAUAUAGUUUUGUUUACUGUUUUGUACAAAUAUUCAGUAUGGAAAAUAUUUUAGCUAUCAGUAAUAGAAAUUGCUGGUGGUUAUUGCUAAUCUUGGCCUUACAGCACAUACAAUGUGUAGCUUGUGUAGGUGGUCUCUGUAGUAAUCAAAUUAUUGUGGCAUUUUCCACUGGGCAAGGAAAAUAAUACAUUUUGUUAUUUAUUACAUUUACUACUUAGAUAUCUCGACAUACAUUUCAACCAUAAUAAAUGAUGUUUGCUAUAAAGUCAAUACAAUGGUAUAAAAAAAAAAAAGAAUGAAGGAGACAGUAACGACACGACGACUGAGUUUCCGUUAGGUAUGGCAUGCCUCAUAACAAUUAAAAUAAAUUAACUAGGGCUAAGAAGGAAGGUCAUAAAAAUAGGAUGGCAGAACCGAGGGACUAAGAUCCUAAUUUGGGAAUGGCCUUUUAAGCGCAGGACGAUUGUAGGGAAUGGUGUGAUGAGGUGCAAUAAUAGUUUGAACAGCAGACUUCUAAAACAAUGCCUGUGAUAUGCAUAAUGCUAUUUAUUCUUAGAAGUAAAGGGACAGUCUACUCCAGAAUUGCUAUUGUUUAUAAAGAUAGAUAAUCCCUUUAUUACCCAUUCCCCAGUUUUGCAUAACCAACACGGUUAUAUUAAUAUACUUUUUACCUCUGUGAUUACCUUGUAUCUAAGCCUCUGCAAACUGCCCCCUUAUUUCAGUUCUUUUGACAAACUUACAUUUUAACUAAUCUGUUCUGACUCUCAGGUAACUCCACAUGCGUGAUCACAAUGUUAUCUGUAUGGCACACAUGAACUAACGCCCUCUAGCUGUGACAAACUGUCAGAUGCAUUCAUAUGAGCCUACCUAGGUUUAGCUUUCAACAAAGAAUACCAAGAGUACAAAGCAAAUUUGAUGAUAAAAGUAAAUUGGAAAGUUGUUUAAUAUUGCAUGCCCUAUCUGAAUCAUGAAAGUUUAAUUUUGACUAGACUGUCCCUUUAAUAUUACAUCACAGAAGCAAAUAUGGAGACUCCAUUGAAUGUAUGUUUCUAUGAACUUCUUCACAAAUAAUUGUGUUCACUAAGGGCUAGUUUACAUUGAAGUUGUAAACUUUAUAAACUAUUAGCAGCAACAAACAUUUACAUUAAAGUGAAGGUAAAGUUCCCUCGCUAUGAUACUGGAAUAAUAUUAGUUGCCCAAAAUGAAUAUGAGUUUCAUUCAUGAUUUUUUAAAAUCUCAUUAUUAAAUAAUUACUCGCCGUUUUUACUUACUUUUUCUUGGUCCGCUAAAUCAACCCGUUUUUUUUUUUUUUUUUCUGCUGGUUUGGUCACAUUUUUUUCAGAGCCUAUUGAAAAUCUGGCGGUUAGGUGGCUGUCAAUCUACGUCACCCGCCUCCAUGAUGAUGUGCGCAUGCGCAAAGAUUUUUUUCUACUGCUCUGAAUCCACACGCGCUCCCGUUUUCGGGCAUGCCUAUUUCUUUGAUUAUGGAAUUCCCAUACUACAUCAUAGGCUUGCUAAAGACUGCUACAAAUCCUGACGGCUUAAAAACGGAAAGGAGGCGGUAACCAAAGACGCAUUAGGAAGGGAGCACCAGGGGAGUCUGAGAAGCAGAGAGCAUGAGGGGAGAGACAUCUACACAAGGAAAAGAGAGUCUGAUAAAGAUGAGAGUGAGAGUACGGGGGAGAGAAACUGGCAGGCGGAGACAUGAAGAGUGGGAGAGGAUUAGAGGUAUAUCUUAGAGAAAUAUCCAGAAUGCAGCUUCUCUCUUUCGCGCACAACAUAGUAAUGAAUGAAAAUUGUAAUUCAUUCAAUGCUAAGUUGACAGAGAGAAUAACGCAUGCGCUUUGGGUAAAAGAGUAUACGAUUAUCGCAUGCGCGGUAGAAAGAGAAUCGCAGAGUCGCGCAUGGGCAGUUCAUCGGAGGAUUGUGAACGCGCUUUGGAAACCCAUAUAGAGCGGGUGGAACCGCUCUAUAUGUCACUGCCUUGAAAAUAAGGAAAUAGCUGUAGGGAGGAGUCAAGAAUGCAACGGUAGGCAAUAAAAUAUAUGUUUUUAUUCAGAAAUCCCACAAAAAUUGGGGAUAGAAAUGUAGCUAUCAGCUUAUUGAAAUAUAGACUAAUUAUUUUGUGUAUUUCAGUAGUUCAUACUUUACCUUCACUUUAAAGACUAUGGAGAUGUUUACUGUUACUACCAGUUCACGACUACAACGUAAACUAAUCCUAAACACAUUAAUUGUAACAUUGUGCUGCAUAGUUGAGCAAGAUCAUUGUGACUUUAGCACUAUUUAUUCAUAUUGGAGAUUGUAACCAUGUAACCAACAUCUUUUCUACAAAUGCUCUGUAAGUCUAUGAGGAUGUUGUUCUUGAUUAAUUCCACAACUUUUUUAAUUAGAAUGUAAUCUACCUAAAAAUUUAAAUGUAACACUCAGUAAUCCAAAUAAAUACCUCUAAAUCCAUCACACACAUCUUAGAUCUUAGUAAAUGUAGUUGGUUACCACACUGAAGCUAAUUAUAACUGAAACUCAUGUCUUGCAAAAAUUUAUGGUAUGAUGGGUAGUGAGAUCAAAUUUUGUAACUCAGUAAUGAAAAUGUUAAGCAUGAUUGGUCUAGAGCACUGGUUUUCAAACCUGUCCUCAGGCUCCCUAACAAGCCAGAUUUUGAGGAUAUCUGAACUGGAGGACAGGUCAAAUAAUCAGCUGAUUUGUAAACAUGGUUAUAUUACCUGCUCUCACCCAAGGUAAUCAUGAAAAUCUGGCCUGUUGGGUAGGCCUGAGGACAGGUUUGAAAACCAGUGGUCUAGAUACUAACACAACACAUGUACCACCCAAAUAUUCUUCAGCAACUUUUCUGCCUUGCCACAGUUUUGUGGAGUUCUGUCAUAUAAUGUAAUAGCAAUAUUUUCAAAAAGCGAAAAAUAUAUAGUUCACUGUAUGUUUAAAUGGCAUUCAUAUUCUCAAAGUGUGUAGGCCUAGCUUAUAUAAAAGCACAAGAACCCCAAUGUACUAAACAAUCAUUUUAUUGCUUGACUGUUUAGUGUGAGCACAUUGAUAACAGAAAUGAUCAGAUCUUUACUCAAAGUAAAUUUUACUUGCAAGAUUAUUUGUGUUAUUAUUCAUAUACAAUGACUAGAGAGUGAUGCAAAGGAUGGAAAGUUGUGAAUUAUUUUCAAUCUCUUCAUCUAUAUUUAAUAAAAGGUUUUGGAAACUAGAAAGGAAUAGCUAAUAUCACAGAUUAGAUUGCUGAUACUAUUGCAUCAGAAUGUAUUUUAUAUGAUACAUUGCCAUCCAAAAGGGCCCUUAUAUGUGAUAUUACUGACACACAAACCCACCAUUUAUUGCACAAUGAGAAAAGUAUUGAUAUAGACAGCUACAAGUUGCUUGCUGACAUAUCUUGAGAUCAAGAAUUUCCAAUAGUAGGAAAACUUGAGCGUGUUGCUAGGGGCUUAAGUUAGGCCUGUAGCACAAUCUGAGGGAAGACUGGUGCCUACCCUGUAUUGUACAGACCCCCAUAUAUACACUCUGCCUUCCUUGACACAUUCGGUACAGACCCCCAUACACACACUCUGCUUCCCUUGACACAUUCUGUACAGACCCCAUACACACAAUCUGCUUCCCUUGACGCAUUCUGUACAGACCCCAUACACACAAUCUGCUUCCCUUGACCCAUUCUGUACAGACCCCAUACACACAAUCUGCUUCCCUUGACACAUUCUGAACAGACUCCCAUACACACAAUCUACUUCCCUUUACCCAUUCUGUACAGACCCCAUACACACAAUCUGCUUCCCUUGACCCAUUCUGUACAGACCCCAUACACACAAUCUGCUUCCCUUGACACAUUCUGUACAGACCCCAUACACACACUCUGCUUCCCUUGACCCAUUCUGUACAGACCCCAUACACACAAUCUGCUUCCCUUGACACAUUCUGUACAGACCACAUACACACACUGCUUCUCUUGACCCAUUCUGUACAGACCCCCAUACACACAAUCUGCUUCCCUUGACACAUUCUGUACAGACCCCAUACACACACUCUGCUUCCCUUGACCCAUUCUGUACAGACCCCAUACACACACUCUGCUUCCCUUGACACAUUCUGUACAGACCACAUACACACACUGCUUCUCUUGACCCAUUCUGUACAGACCCCAUACACACACUCUGCUUCCCUUGACACAUUCUGUACAGACCACAUACACACACUGCUUCCCUUGACCCAUUCUGUACAGACCCCCAUACACACAAUCUGCUUCCCUUGACACAUUCUGUACAGACCCUCAUACACACAAUCUGCUUUCCUUGACCCAUUCUGUACAGACCCCCAUAUACACAAUCUGCUUCCCUUGACACAUUCUGUACAGACCCCCAUACACACACUCUGCUUCCCUUGACCCAUUCUGUACAGACCCCAUACACACACUCUGCUUCCCUUGACCCAUUCUGUACAGACCCCACACACACAAUAUGCUUUCCUUGACACAUUCUAUACAGACCACAUACACACACUCUGCUUCCCUUGACCCAUUCUGUACAGACCCCAUACACACAAUCUGCUUCCCUUGACACAUUCUGUACAGACCACAUACACACACUGCUUCUCUUGACCCAUUCUGUACAGACCCCCAUACACACAAUCUGCUUCCCUUGACACAUUCUGUACAGACCCCAUACACACACUCUGCUUCCCUUGACCCAUUCUGUACAGACCCCAUACACACACUCUGCUUCCCUUGACACAUUCUGUACAGACCCCAUACACACACUCUGCUUCCCUUGACACAUUCUGUACAGACCACAUACACACACUGCUUCUCUUGACCCAUUCUGUACAGACCCCCAUGCACACAAUCUGCUUCCCUUGACACAUUCUGUACAGACCCCCAUACACACAAUCUGCUUUCCUUGACACAUUCUGUACAGACCCCCAUAUACACAAUCUGCUUCCCUUGACACAUUCUGUACAGACCCCAUACACACACUCUGCUUCCCUUGACACAUUCUGUACAGACCCCCAUAUACACAAUCUGCUUCCCUUGACACAUUCUGUACAGACCCCCAUACACACACUCUGCUUCCCUUGACCCAUUCUGUACAGACCCCAUACACAAAAUCUGCUUCCCUUGACACAUUCUGUACAGACCCCAUACACACAAUCUGCUUUCCUUGACACAUUCUGUACAGACCCCAUACACACAAUCUGCUUCCCUUGACACAUUCUGUACAGACCCCAUACACACAAUCUGCUUCCCUUGACACAUUCUGUACAGACCCCAUACACACAAUCUGCUUCCCUUGACACAUUCUGUACAGACCCCAUACACACACUCUGCUUCCCUUGACACAUUCUGUACAGACCCCACACACACACUCUGCUUCCCUUGACCCAUUCUGUACAGACCCCACACACACAAUCUGCUUCCCUUGACCCAUUCUGUACAGACCCCAUACACAAAAUCUGCUUCCCUUGACACAUUCUGUACAGACCCCAUACACACAAUCUGCUUCCCUUGACAAAUUCUGUACAGACCCCAUACACACAAUCUGCUUUCCUUGACACAUUCUGUACAGACCCCAUACACACAAUCUGCUUCCCUUGACACAUUCUGUACAGACCCCAUACACACAAUCUGCUUUCCUUGACAUAUUCUGUACAGACCCCAAACACACUCUGCUUCCCUUGACCCAUUCUGUACAGACCCCAUACACACACUCUGCUUUCCUUGACACAUUCUGUACAGACUCCCAUACACACAAUCUACUUCCCUUGACACAUUCUGUACAGACCCCAUAACACAAUCUGCUUCCCUUGACACAUUCUGUACAGACCCCAUACACACAAUCUGCUUCCCUUGACACAUUCUGUACAGACCCCAUACACACAAUCUGCUUUCCUUGACACAUUCUGUACAGACCCCAUACACACAAUCUGCUUCCCUUGACACAUUCUGUACAGACCCCAUACACACAAUCUGCUUUCCUUGACAUAUUCUGUACAGACCCCAAACACACUCUGCUUCCCUUGACACAUUCUGUACAAACCCCAAACACACUCUGCUUCCCUUGACCCAUUCUGUACAGACCCCAUACACACACUCUGCUUUCCUUGACGCAUUCUGUACAGACCCCAUAACACAAUCUUCUUCCCUUGACACAUUCUGUACAGACCCCAUACACACACUCUGCUACCCUUGACACAUUCUGUACAGACCCCAAACACACACUCUGCUUUCCUUGACACAUUCUGUACAGACCCCAUACACACACUCUGCUACCCUUGACACAUUCUGUACAGAUCCCCAUACAAACUCUGCUUCCCUUGACACAUUUUGUACAGAAUCACACGCACACACACACAAGUCAAGAAGGUAGACAUACUCUUCUGCUGCCAAAUGGUAAUGGGACAGCUCAAUAAGGUAGCUUAGUUCGUGGAAGGAAAUAAAAAAACCCCAGUAUUUCUGUGUAAUAUGAUUUACAACAGCAUAACAUGAUAUACAUCACAUCUUAUAAAGGUUAAUCAAUAUAGAGAGCUCUCUGCUCAGUUUUAGUGAGAAAGUGACUUUUUUACCUGUUAAUUUUAUAUACAGUAUAUUUAGCUAUAAUAAUGACAUGAAAAAAUAAUCAUAUGGUCAAUUAAUGACCAUCAAAUCCAAACUGGAUACAAAAAUGUGUUAUCUUUUAAACCUAUUAUAUAAUUUUUACUUUCUUGGUGUGUUUAUGAUUUAUAAGGGAAUGAUUAGCUUUUUAUAAGAUAUUUGUAUAUUGUUUGAUUUAAAUGAUUCAGAUUGGUACACAUAUAUAUAUAAACACACACACAUAAUAUGAUUGUCUUACAACCCAAAAUUCAUUGCUACCUCCACAUUUUUUUAACAAAACAGUGUUACUCCUCACUGUAAUAGCAAACAUAUGAAAAAUUGCAAUUUAUUAAAUCAAGACAACCAUAUUGACUAUUUUGUCUUUACCACUAUUGUUGAAUAAAGCAGUCUUUGAGCAGCUUGUAAUAAAAGAUGUGCUUAUUUGUAAAAUGUAUAUAUAAAAUUAUAUUUAUGUAUGUAUACCAACAAAAAUGGAGACUUUCCUUUUGCAUUUCUUUUGAUUAGAGUAUAUUUCGUGUACUAUGCUCUAUUGUGUUUAAUAAGUGAAUUUAAUCUGAUAGACGGAUUCCCUACAGGAAUGUACUACAUUGUACUUGUGUCCUAAAAUGUAAGAAGCUUAAAGCAAAUACAAAAUGAUAUAAAUAUAUAUAUAUAUAAUACUGGAAGAGGAUGACCACUGGUUGGUUAUUUUUGCUAGUUCACUGCAAUUUUUCUUUUAUGUUGAUCAAUAAAUCAGUUCUUCACGUGG